CCACGUCCAGUAGUAGUAGUAGUAGUAGCAGAGGAGGAACGGUCGUGCGAGCAGCGCAUUGAUGGGAGAUCAACGACGAUGACGAUUCUCACGCCGCUCGAUCCUUCCUCAUCCUCUUCCUCUUCCCCAGCGACGCCAGAGGAGGGGGAGCACCCGCUUAAAGUGAAGCGAGCCGAGGCAAUCGAGGCGCAGCGCCGACUCGCGACGCUCAACGCGACCCUGCAGCAGCUCCAGGAGCUCAAAAAGCGCCAGUCCGACGAUGCCUGGUCCACCGCCACCACGUUGUCUUCGGCUGCCUCGUCUGACGAUGGAGAGGAGGAUGAAGAGAUGCCCUCGACGCCGACCUCGGGUGCAGGGAUCGUGAGGAUCAACGUCGAUGCGGCCGACGCCGUCAUCGCUGCCGGCUCGUCACUCGUCGAUGACUCGGCGCGCAUUAGUGUGGACAGCCAGACGGGCAAGCGCAUCGUUGAGAUGCGGGUCGACGAAGCCAUUGGACUGCUCUCAAGAAACAAGUCUGCUCUCGAGGAGCGGGUGGCGCAGCUGCGAGACGAGGUGGUGCAGCUGGCGCGACAGACUCUGGCCGAGCACGUCGAAAAGGGGGCAUUGCCCUUUCUUCCCCUGGGUGAUCAGGGCGAAGGCGAAGAGGGAGCAACGGGCCCAAAGACGGAGAUCGACGAUGAGGGAAAGGCCGUCAAUGAGGACGGCUUGCCGUUUGUCGAUCCGAUUGAGCAACUUGGAGACGAAGAAGAAGAAGGGCAAGUGAGGAAACCGGCGCCGCUCGUGCCGUUUGUCAGGGAGCCGAGGGAGGAUAGACGGGCAUGGAUGGAGUCGAUCCUCGGUGAGCUUGAGGAGGAGGAGGAGCUGGACGAGAGCGAAGACGUGGCCCAAGCCAAGGCGCCUCUCGACGUCGACGUCGACGAGGAAGAAGACGGCGACGAAGAGUCAGAAGACAAGCAAGCCAGGCCGACGUUGAAGCGCAAGCUUUCCUCGGCCAAUCGUCCACCGCCCACCAAGUCUGUGCUCAAGCGCACGAGCCCGCCCCCGCCACCCUUGCCGAAAUUCGGCUCGUCGGGCAUCCGAAAGGGCUUCCUCAACCUCAAUCCAAGUAGCCCAGCCGCGGAGCGGAGCAGCGAUUUUGUCGGUCGGGAGUUCUUUCCCGACUCAGGAUCUUCUGUUGCCUCCUCGAGGAUGAGUCGGUCGAGCAGCCUCACGGGCAGCCGCAACGAGCCGGAGACGCUGUCGGACCGCAUGACGCGCAGCGUCGAGCUGCCCAGCGCCGCCCGAGCCAGCUUCUCAUCGCCAAAGAAGCAGGUCCGGAUUCAGUCACCCGAGCGUGAGAGACAUCGGCCUGAACGUUCAGCUGCGAAGCAAAGCUCGUCGAGGAUUGCAAGAGCGACACGCGACGUUGCGGAAGACUCGACAGAAGAGGAGGAGGCCAGGCAGCUGCUGGAACUCAUGGGCAUCAGCGCGAUUCGGGGCCACCCGCAAGGCCAGGAAAUCAUACAGGGUCUUGCAGAGAGCAAUCGGCUCAGGAAAGAGGCGAGCAAGAUGAACGUGGAGGGCCAGGCCGAGGCGUCAAGCAGCAAGAAGGCGGCGGCGGUCGGAGAGAGCGUGGUGGAGAGGGACCCAGGGCGACAGGGGCAAAGCACAAGCAGCAGCAGCAGCAGCAGCAGCAGCGGCUUCAAGCGCGGGUUCCUCAAUGCAGCACCGAAAGUGACACCGAGAAAGAGCGUCAACCAAGGGGCGCUGUCGGACGUCGUCAAGGAAAGGCCACUCCCUGCUGGGCCUCGGCAGUCCAAGGGCAUGACGGCGCUGGACAGAGCCUCGCAAUCGGAUGAGCCGCUGGAGCGGGAGAGAGAACAAAUGGGUCUGACACCAAGCGUACCGCAUGCCAGACCAAGCAAGGCGUACGCUGCCAAGCUCGAGGAGAGGAGGAAAGCGGCAGAGGGUGGUCAAAGCCGCGAUCAGGAGUCAGUCGUCAAGGGCCAAGAGGGGGAGGUCAAGGAAGCGAGACCGGGGGGCAAAGUUCGCUUUGGAGGUAUCGAAGCAGUCAGCACGCGCGACGACGACGAAGACGACGACGACGCUGAUGCCAACAUGGAGGAGACAUACCGUCGACAGGUGAUUGGGACCGAGCCCACCGAUUUCGACUCAGAUGACGACGAAGCAGGCAUGGCAGAGAUCGAAGCUAUGAAGGAGCAGCAGCUUGACCCGGAAGAGCUCGAGGCGCUUGGUCUCGGUUCGGACCUCAGCGACGACGACGAUGACGGGUAUGACAGCGAUGACAUUAUGGCUCUCGCUCCGUCCUUCAACGCCGACGAGUCUUCGUUUGGAGGGAACGAGGAGCUGAAGCGUGAAUAUCUCAAAGCUAAGGAGCGUUGGAGCUUCCUGACCGGGGAGCGCCAGAACAAAGGAGCGGAUGAGGAAUACCAGGAGGGCGAAGGGCAGGAUCUCGUUGCUGCCGACGAGAAUGAGGACCUGCUGGACGAGGACGGCAAGCGAGUGAGCAGAUUCAAGAAGGAGCGGGCCAAGCGAGUGGCUUUGGGAAAGGGCGCGCCCAUCUCUAACGAGCUCGGGUCUAAGCAUCGAAGCGGCGCAGUCAGCUCUUCUUCUUCCUCCAUCGAGGACAAGGACAGAAAAGCAGAUGAAGCGGGUCACGAGCUCGCGCAUCUCCUCGAGAGUGCACAAAAUGCCGGUCCCGCUGCUCAGGAAGGUGAACAGGGGCAGGGACCAGUCAUGGUCAUUCCCUCCAUGGCCAAUGUGCGCUUUCCCAAGGGCGGCGACCUUGUCGAGGACGAGUCGAAAGGAAUGCCGGGCAAAGUCCAGCUAGAGGGCGAGAGCGACGAUGACGAAGAUAGGCUGCACGAAGUUAUGCGCAUGCGGCUCCAGGAGAGAGACGCAUACAGGGACAGAAAGGGAGCCAUGACAGCUGGCGAAAAGAACGGGACAACAAAGGUGACGGAGAAGCCACCAGAGGUCGUCGCUGCUCCCUCUCCGCCUGCAACAAAGAAAAAGGAGAGCUUGUUCAAAGCCAGGCUCAAGGACAAUGCCUUCACCCAUUAAUGCUUCUUCUCGAUGAUUAUUUUACCCACAGCAUGCACACACCCCUCAAUCAUUCUCAUCUUCAUUCUUGUACUUUCAAUUCUCGCAAUGUGUGUUCGCCAGGUACAUCCUUCUCCUCUCGCAACACAACACAUAGAGGAAGUGGUGAUUCUUCAUUCACAGAUGUGUGGCGGACUCGGGGUCUCGUCGAUGAUGUUUGUACACGAAAUUGUCGUGGCUUGUUUCU